UGUUAACAGACGAAUGAAUGCAAAUAUUCUUAAGGAAAGUCAGAAACACCAUGACAUCAUCCAGGAAGACUUCAUUGAUGCAUACAGGAACCUGUCAUACAAGGGGGUGAUGGGAUUGAAAUGGGCGACCUCUUUUUGUGAAAAUGUUACAUUCAUUCUAAACAUUGAUGAUGAUGUUUUCCUAAAUCUACCUAAUGUUGUUGAAGUAAUUCAAAAUAUGCAAUUGAGGGGAAUUCAACAAAACUUGUUGCUAUGCAAUUUAAUGAGUAACACGCCACCUAUCCGUGAUCCUACAGGUGAAUUAAGUAAAUGGUAUGUCUCUAGAAAGGAGUUCAAACCUGAUAUAUACCCUGAUUAUUGUUCCGGAAUGUUCAUCUUAUAUUCAAAAGACGUAGCAGCUUCAAUUUAUAAGGCAUCGUUAGAUGAACCUUUCUUUUGGGUGGACGAUGUGUAUAUUACUGGCAUAUUAGCAGCGAAGGCUGGGAUAGAUCAUACUGUUCCUAAUAAAACUAUUGGGAUGGAGAAUUAUGAUUUUAAUCUUGACAAGUCAGACAUGAAUAAGUUUUUGUCAGUUGCAAAUGUAAAUGAUAUGUAUGCUUAUUGGGGAAAGUUUAAAAAACAGUUUUAUUCAAAUGUAAAAAUUAAAGGAAAAAUGUUAUUUUGACAUUGAAUCAAAGUUAACAUGCAAUGUUUAAUGCAGGUUAUUGCAGUAGGUAAUCUUUUUUUAUUAUAACCAUGUAUUGAUAAACAUUGUAAUUAUUGAAUAAUAGGAGUAUAGCGAAGUAACCAUCACAAAUUAAUGUAUGUCUCUCUGUCUGUACAUACAUAUAUUCAUGUAUUUAUUAUGUAUAUUCAAGCCAAGGUUAGAAUCAUCAUGACUACAGUCACAAAACAGUCACACAAAACUAGUUCUCACCACAUUCCUGAAAACGGAUUGCACAUAGCUGGAUUCUUUCAGUCUUUUUCCGAGCUUCUCACACAUGCUCAAAUGGGAAGGUGCUCCUUAAGUUUGACCAGUUCAAAAUUGUGUGGCGACUGCAGGCAGACCUUAUUCAACGGUAUUAUGUCCUUAUUUAGUGAUUAUUCUGUGCAAACCCCCAUUCAAAACAAAAUAAAUAUUUCUGAAGGAUUUGACAACAUAAUUUAUGUAUAGAGACACUUACAAAAGUUUGCGGUAAUUGUUUUUUAAGUUCUACUCAUUUUUAGCAAGUCUGUGAAAUAAAGUGUUCAUGAACGAUUCAGCAUAGUAUCUUAAACAUUUCAAACCGGCCGCAUGAUUUCUAG